AUGGUACUUAAAAGAAUGUAUCUCAAUUUCCUCGUCAUUCUAGCCUUCUACUUCUGCGGCUUCGGAGCAAGCGUCGGUUUCCCCGGUCCCGCACCAACACCCGGUCCCGUUCUGCCCGCUGCACGCGAUCCACAGUUCGGUCCAUUCAACUACGCCUCCUACUUCCCGGAGAUCGAAUCAUACAUCAGUAAAUAUGCGAGCGACAUCCCCGCGAAUAUUAGAUCUGAAUAUGAUGCCAUCCCUUCCGACAUCGACGCCCUCAUCAGCGACUUCGCCACGGCUCUCCCCUCAGAUGUUUUGUCGUAUAUCAGCGAAUAAGCCUCCGAGUACGAGUCAUAUGUGAGCGAGUACGCUACGCUUCGCAGUGAUAUUCGCAGUGAUAUUAGCAGGGUCCGUACCGACUCAUGCACGACUGACUCGUCCAAUUCUACGGCGACUGGAAGCUCGGAUUCGAAGUCGAAAAGCGAUUCGAGGACCUCAACCACAACGGUGACUGGGCCGAACACUAACGCGGGAGCUGCUACUGCUACUUCAGGGAAUGGGGCGGUGGCUACGGGUGCGGUCGGAUCAGGCAUGGGCGGCCUUGUUGUAGCGGUGGUUGUAGCAAUGCUAGGCUGACGAAGGUUUCCGUUUUAGUUUACGAGUUGACGUCUGUCGUUAUCGGGGUCUGGUAAUGGUAAAAGCUGCUUCUCGGUUUCGUCUCAAACGAUAAUGUCUUAGUUUAUUAGCCGUAUGAGAUCUUAUCACGUAGAACUACAUGCUUCUCUCAAAACAAGAAAUGAAGUAGCU